AUGGACAGGGCCGGCACUGCUGUAUCCUACCAGAUGGACAGGGCCGGCACUACUCUGUCCUACCAGAUGGACAGGACCGGCACUGCUGUGUCCUACCAGAUGGACAGGGCCGGCACUACUCUGUCCUACCAGAUGGACAGGGCCGGCACUGCUGUGUCCUACCAGAUGGAUAGGGCCGACACUGCUGUGUCGUACCAGAUGGACAGGGCCGGCACUACUCUGUCCUACCAGAUGGACAGGGCCGGCACUACUCUGUCCUACCAGAUGGACAGGGCCGGCACUGCUGUGUCCUACCAGAUGGAUAGGGCCGGCACUGCUGUGUCGUACCAGAUGGACAGGGCCGGCACUACUCUGUCCUACCAGAUGGACAGGGCCGGCACUACUCUGUCCUACCAGAUGGACAGGGCCGGCACUAUUCUGUCCUACCAGAUGGAUAGGGCCGGCACUGCUGUGUUCUACCAGAUGGACAGGGCCGGCUUCUCUAUCGGUAGCCACUGCUACCGAUAG